CACACACUUGUGUAUUGUCAAGGAGGUUAUAACCUACUUGGCAUUGUCUACUAAACGAAAGUGGGGAACCUCUGAAGAAAACCUUUUGAUUCGUCGGUCUGAAUUGAUUCGAUUACGAGCUGUCCAAUUAGCGGCGUGGAUUUCCACUUCAAAGGCUGAGGGCGUGUUUCCGACGCGACGGAGGCUCGACCUGCUGACGGUGUUAGCGUUCAUCCUUCUUCGUCUGAUACACAUACAGGUAAAACGGACGUCUCAGUGUGCGAUAUUGCUGAAACUCUCAGAUAUCUGUCCAAACACUUUCUAUAAAAAAAGUUUGAGAAGUAAAAGAAAGAAAGAAACGGAGAUGGAGAGUGCGAUCAUGACCACUGGACUCUGUACGACCACCACCGGGACCGUGUCGGGCGUGUUCCCGGUCUGUCGUCCCCUGGCCGCCGCCGCCUACUUCACCGUCCCCGCCCGCAUCAUGGACCUGGGCGCGCUGGAAGCGUUCCGUGCCACCACAGCAGCCGGUGCCGCAACGGGGCUAUUCAGACCGACGCCAACCCUCCGUCCCUCCCCGGCCCCGUGCGGCAGCAUGUCCUUCAGCAUCCGCUCCAUCCUCGGCCACCAGUUCGAUCAGGCAGGGACCGACGGCAAGUCUCGAGUCGUCGCCGGUAAGGAACACCACAUCCCCGCCGCUGAGACACAGGCACAGACCGCCACUCUCCUAGAACGUCUAGUCGCUGACCAUCCGGGAACCAUGGCAUCUCCAACUCUCCAGUCUCCUCAACCUUACAGCUUCUUACAGACGGCUCCGAAAGUGAAACCAUUGGGGUACAAGACGAAAGGUUGCCCGCUGGCGAGAGAGAGCUCCGUUGAAAAGGACGGGAAGUCUCGGAAAGGGAAGCGGAUACGGACGAUCUUCACCCCCGAGCAGCUGGAGCGGCUGGAGCGGGAGUUUUCCCGCCAACAGUACAUGGUGGGGUCCGAGAGGUACCACCUGGCAGCCUCGCUCAACCUCACGGAAGCGCAGGUGAAGGUGUGGUUUCAGAACAGGAGGAUCAAAUGGCGGAGACAGAACUACGAACAGCAGCAGGCCCGACUGGCACAGCUCUCCUCCGCACACACCAGCGGCUCAGAGUCCGACUCCGGCCCGGAGUCACCAGCGCCAUCCGCCCCAUACCAAGCCAUCACAGGCCGGGACAGAUAGAGACGUGUGCCGAUCACUUAUACGCCCUUUCCACUAGUACGGCGCUCUCGCCGUGCUCUCUCUGCGAACUAAAAUGUGACUUAUCCCUCAACGAAUCAUAAUAGAAAAGAAUCUAAUCUUUUCACACUUUCUGUGUUUUGUUGUCUUCAAAGUCACACUUUUGUAUGAUAUAUCCAGUGUGAAAGCGAAGGUUACACAU